AUGAGUAACAUCGAUGAAAGUAAAAAAAAAGAUAAAAAUAUUAAUAAUGAAGAAACUUCAUUAAAUCAAAUAACAUCAUCACUUUCAAUGAUUUCUUUAACUCCAUCAAUACCUCCAUCAACACCACCAUCAACACCAAAUAAUAACAAUAAAAAUAAAACAUUUAAUAACAGUGGUAGUGCAAUUAAAAAUAAUUUUAAUAAUAAUGGAUCAAUUAUAGGAGAAAGAGCAGUUCAAUAUUUUGGAUAUUUAGUAUUAUCACAAGGUCAUAUAUGGAGAGCCACGACAUCAAAUGAUAUUGGUAUUGAUGGUCAAAUUGAAUUUGUUAAUAAUUUUUCAAGAAAAGGUAGUAAAGCUAUAAUUUGUGGAGUUCAAUUAAAAGCAACGGUUGUAGAUAAAAAUGCUUCAAUUAAUAUUGAAUCUGUAAAUUAUUGGAUUAAAUAUCCAUUACCAGUUAUAGUAGUUCAAAUUUAUUUUAAACAACCAAUUAAUUCAUUACCAACUUGUUUAUUCUUAACAAAAGAACAAGUUCAAAGUUAUAUAAAUUCAACAACUUUAAAUACACCUAAUAAAAAUUCAUCUUCAUCAUCUUCAACUUUUUCUUAUUUUUCACCUGUUCAAUCACCAUCACCAUCACCAUCAUCAUCAUCGAAUUCCUUAAUGACAAUGGUUAUUGAGUCAAGAGUAUUUGAUAAAAACAAAGCAAAGGAUUUCUCAUGUGAUGCAGUUCAAGAAUAUUGUAUUGAAUAUAUGAGAAAUAAUUAUGUAAAUUUUAUUGAUAAUAGAUUUCAAGAUUAUUUAAAAAUUCAAGAAUAUUCAAAAAUGAAAGCUGAUCAAAUUUGGAAAGAUUUAGUUCAUAAAUUUUUAAAACUAAAACCAACUUAUAAUUUAAAAGAAGUUAUAGUUUUUAAUUUAAAUAAUAUUAAUAACAAUAAUAACAAUAAUAAUGAUGAAAAUAAUAAUAAUAAUAAUAAUAAUAAUAAUAAUAAUAAUAAUAAUAAUAAUAAUAAUAAUAAUAGUUUUAAUGAUGAUGAUUAUGAAAAUGAUGACAAUGAAACUUUUUUAAUAAAUAUUCAAAAUUUAUUCGAAUUCCCAUUUUCAAUAAUUCAAGAUAAUCAUAGAGAUUAUUUAAAAGAACAAUUAAUUGAAUUUGGAUAUGACCAUAAUGUAUCACUAAGAAAUAUUUGUGAUCAAAUUUACCAUUUAUAUAACAAUAAUAAUAAUAAUAAUAAUAAUAAUGAAUUUAUUAAUUUAUCAAAAUGGUUUAGUUAUUUAUAUUGUAUUUUAAAUAUUGAUCCAAUUAAAUCAAUUGAAAAUGAUAUUUUAGAGAUUAAUUUAAAUUCAUCAAUUAAAAAAGAUAUUAUUUACAUAGAGAUUUUAAUUUUAGAAAUUUGUGAUUUCAUAUUACCAAAUUAUUAUAAAGAAAUUAUUACAACUCAAACAACUGCAAAAUUAAUAAUUAUUAAAAAUAUUAUAAAUCUUUCAAAAACUAGUAGUAGAGGUGGUGGUGGUACUGAUGGCGGUAGUGACGGUGGUGUUAAUGAAUUAUUAAAUAAUUCCAUAAAUUUAUUAAAAAAACAAAUAAAUAAAUAA